UCAAUUAUUCACUACGCAUUAGUUGUAUUUACGACAUCAGGGAUGAUGUCACCACACCACAUCCAUAUUUUCUGCAAAUUUAUCAACCUUUAUAUUCCGAGAAUUGUAGUAAAUUAUCUUAACACUCUCUCUCUCUCUCUCUGGUAGAGAAAAUGGAGAUAUCUGUUGCUUCGGUAACAGUUUCAGUAGCUGUAGUUGUUGUGUCGUUGUGGGUAUGGAGAACUUUAGAGUGGGUUUGGUUUAAACCAAAGAUGCUUGAGAGUUACCUGAGAAGACAAGGUCUUGCCGGAACUCAUUACACGCCUCUUGUCGGCGAUUUAAAGAGGAAUUCCAGCAUGUUGGCUGAGGCAAGAUCCAAACCUAUCAACCUAACGGAUGAAAUCACACCACGUGUUGUGCCUUUUCCCUUACACAUGCUCAAGACUCACGGGAGAACUUUCUUUACAUGGCUUGGACCCGUACCAGUCGUCACCAUAAUGGAUCCUGAGCUAAUCAAGGAAGUGUUCAACAAAGUUUAUGAUUUCCAAAAGCCGCAUACGUUCCCUUUGGGCAGAAUAAUAGCGGCUGGACUCGUUAGCUAUGAUGGUGAUAAAUGGGCAAAAUACCGAAGAAUCAUCAACCCGGCUUUCCACCUUGAGAAGAUCAAGAAUAUGGUACCUGCCUUCCACCAGAGCUGCAGCGAGGUUGUUGGCCAAUGGGACAAGUUAGUGUUGGAUAAAGAUGGGUCGUCCUGUGAGAUGGAUGUUUGGCCUUGGCUUGUGAGUAUGACUGCAGAUGUGAUCUCCCGUACUGCUUUUGGCAGCAGCUACAAAGAAGGACAGAGGAUUUUUGAGCUCCAAGCAGAACUAGCAACGCUUAUCAUACAAGCUUUUCGGAAAGCUUUCAUCCCUGGAUACAAUUAUCUCCCUACAAAGGGUAAUAGAAGGAUGAAAGCAGCAGCUAGAGAAAUCAAAGUUAUAAUGGGAGGGAUCGUUAACAAAAGGUUAAGGGCAAGAGAAGUUGGGGAAGCACCAAGUGACGAUUUGCUGGGUAUACUUCUUGAAUCGAAUUUGGGUCAAAAGAAGGGAAAUGGAAUGACUACCGAGGAACUGAUGGAGGAGUGCAAGCUGUUCUAUUUCGCCGGGCAAGAGACCACAACAGUACUUCUGGUUUGGACAAUGGUUCUGUUAAGCCAACACCAAGACUGGCAGGCUCGUGCACGUGAAGAAGUGAAGCAAGUCUUUGGCGAUAAGGAACCUGAUACAGAAGGCCUUAACCAGCUCAAAGUUAUGACAAUGAUACUAUAUGAGGUCCUAAGACUAUAUCCUCCAGUAACCCAGCUGACCCGAGCCAUACACAAAGAGAUGAAGCUAGGCGACCUGACAUUACCAAGUGGUGUUCAGAUCAGUCUACCCAUUCUGCUAGUCCAACGGGACACGGAGCUGUGGGGAAACGAUGCAGGGGAGUUCAAGCCAGAGAGAUUCAAAGACGGUCUCUCAAAGGCAACAAAGAACCAAGUCUCCUUCUUUCCAUUUGCGUGGGGACCGAGGAUAUGCAUAGGCCAGAACUUUGCAAUGCUUGAAGCAAAGAUGGCAAUGGCAUUGAUACUACAGAAGUUUUCCUUUGAGCUCUCUCCUUCAUAUGUUCAUGCGCCUCACACAGUCAUCACCAUUCACCCACAGUUCGGUGCCCCUCUCAUCUUGCACAAACUGUAAUCCUAUAACCCCAUUCUGUUGCUGUCAGAUAAAAUAUCCACACACAGAUGAUAAGAGUCCACAUUAUACACACACAAACAGAGUCUUUUUCAUGUAUUGAAGUCAAAACUCGCGUCUCACAGACCCUUUGCGCAGUGAUUCCCGCGGAACAAACCUCAGUUGUUAAACUAAAAAACCAAUAUAAAGUGAUCGAAACUCUUAGUGCAAA